CCAAAAUUGUUAUUACUAAAAAUUACAUUAUUUUCGAUUUUUUUGAAAAAGUUGUCUUCACUCUCGUUCAAGUCGCCACCCUAUAUGACACAUAACCACAUCAAAAAAUGGCUAUUUUGGAAUCAGCUCAUGCUUAUAUAACUACUCUGGGCUGUAGAGCCAAAUCGAGAAAAAUUCAUCCACCCUAAUGUUCAUAUUUCGGAAGCCUGUAACUGUUCCAAAUAUUGCAAAUAGUAAAAGUUGUUUUGGUAUUGACUCUAUUCUUUUGCAUAUGUUGUCGUCGUGUGGAUUCCAAUUUUCGAUAAUUGGUAAUACAAAUGUAAAUUUUUAAGGCGUUCUUGUCCAUGACCGAUGAAAUCCUUGCUGUAGAGCUUUAACCAAGCCAAUUUUGAUUUGGCUUUAGCCUUGACAUGCUCAAUGUGUGAUUUGAAAUUCAUUUGCACAUCAAGCAACACUCACAAGUCCUUUAUUACAAAGACUCUUUCAAUUUGAACGCCGCCUAUGUUAUAUUUGUAUUCAUACUGCAGUGAACUCCAAUGAUAUGAUAUGAUCUUCGUUUUGUUUGAAAGCGGUUCUUCUGUAUAUUGACAACACAAAGAGCCCAAUUCCGCUUGCAAUCAGCACAGAAACUGAGGAAUCAAAAGAAUCGAUGCCAAAAAUAAUUGAUGCCAUAAAUACAAUGAGCAUCUAUGGAAAGUGUGCGCCGAUCUAAAAGUGUUCGCGUUGUUACGGGGACUACCACAUAGAGGUUAUCCCAAAUACAUGUGUUUUUUUAUGCCAAUGGGAUACACGACAUGCGAACCAGUACCAAAAACGUGACUGGCCAGCCCGACAAACCUAUCAAAUUGACCAUCAAAAUGUGAGAUAUGAGCCACUUGUUCCAAUGGAAAAAGUGUUAUUACCACCGCUGCAUAUUAAAUUGGGCAUUGUCAAGAAUUUCAUCAAGGCACUGGUGAAGAGAAAUAAUGAACGAGCAUUUCAACGUUUGCAACAAAUUUUUCGUCGAUUGAGCAAAGCAAAAAUUAAAGAAGGCGUAUUGAACGGGCCAGAUAUUCGAAAAUUAAUGAAGGAUGAUCAAUUUGAACAAUGUUUGCUGGAAGAAGAAGGUGUCGCUUGGGAUAAUUUGAAAGCUGUUAUUGAAGGUGCACUUGAUAAGUUAGAGAUGCAAGAAUCUGAUGAACACGGUGAACGGUUUCAUCAGGUGACCGCUCAGCUUGAACACUGGUAUAGUGGCAAGAAACAAAAUUUAUUGCUUGCUGACCUCUGCUGGAACUUACAAAUGAAAUCAGAUGAUGAAGAUGAUAACUGA